AUGAUCUGCCUCUUUUCGCAAAAUGUGCGUGGGCUGCGCUCAGAGCUCAAGAUACGGGAAAUAUUAGGGAUGAAUUAUGACGUUCUCAUGGUACAGGAGACUAAAUGGGAUGACACCCUUGUAAACAGAAUUAAGGCAUCAACGAAAGGGCAGGUGUUUGCAAGUAAUUGGCAGGGUCGGGGCCGUGGGGUUGCAACCCUGUUAAGGGGGGGUUUAUUUGAAGCUGUCAGAAUUGAUCUCUGCCUGGUAGCAGAAGACGUGAUGAAAGGGGUGCUGGGAAUGGAAUAUCAGGAGAGUUGCUGGAGUGACCAUUUCUCCAUGGUGUUGCGGGUGGGACGGGGGGGAGCUAAGAGAAAUGGAGGCCCCUGGUGCUUCAAUAAUACUUUCCUCCAGCAGCCCCCUUUGUCCGGAAGAUGCGGCAUCCAGGGGGACUGUGUGGGAGAGAUCAUGGUCGUAAGCAAUAAAUUGAGCAGAGAGGACAGUGACUUCUGUGAGGGGCAGCUUGAUAUCACAGAAGUGCAGGAGGCGAUCGUCCAGCUCAACAAGAACAAGAGCCCGGGUUCGGAUGGCCUGACGGCGGAAUUCUUCCAAUUUUUUACAUCCUUUCUUUCUCCCAUGCUGCACAGGCUGGCCUCGGGGCCAAAGAUUAACACCAAAAAAUCUACAGUGAUGUACUGCGGUGAGGUGGAGCAGACGCCAGGCAGGUGGGACUUCCAGCGCGCGGAGCAGAGUGUGAGGGUCCUGGGGGUGCAGCUCGGGGUUAAACAAACAGCUGCGAGGGAUGCUGUGUGGGAGCAGCAGCUCGAGGGAGUGGCGGCCAUCCUCGGCUUGGCAUCAGAACAGCAACGUAAAAUCGGCCUCAUUCGCCACGGCACCGAACCAGAAGGGGCUUCCCUGUGUUCUGCC